AUGGCGGGGCGCUCGCCGUCGCCGAGCCAAGCCGGAGCAACGCCCAACCGCCUAAAGCGCAAGGCCCCUGCAUCUUCCGCCGUCCCCUCCUCCUCCACCUCCUUAGGGGCGGACCAGGCGGCGGACGAGGAGGACAUUGAGGAGCUGGAGAGGGAGGUGGCCGAUCUGGGCCGCCGGAUACUCGAGCACCGCCGUGACGCCGCCGCCCGCUUCAUCGACGCGACAGUAUCGCGCCUCGUCGCCCUCCGCCCGCCCGCCUGCCUCGUCGAAGUUCCAGUUGAAGCACAACCUGCCGUUGGAACCUCGCACGCCGAAGCUGAACAAAAUAUUACUGAAAAGCUAAAGUUGUUCAAGUCCAAGACCGAGGCAAAUAUCGCGGCGAUGCCUAAGGUGCUUGAGAGAAUGAAUGAAUGUGUUGCUCGUAUGGAGAAGGUGGAGCAGUUGAAUUUGAACAUACAUCCUGUUUUCCAAAGAAGGCGGUAG